UGUGCAGAGCUGUCAAACCAGUAGCUAGUGUGGAGGUGUUCCGUAUUGGCUUUUAAAACUAGCUAGCUGGGUACUUUUGUGCGGACAAAUGUAAAUAGUGAGUUUGCCAAAGAUACCGCUUUCCGUACGUAACACACAGCAUUAGGCCAACAUUUGUUGUCCAGCAACGCUUAACGACGAAGUCCAGAGACGUCGUAACAGGCAUGGAGGCACAUAGCUCAGGGCUAAAUAGGAAGAGGAGAAGAGAGGGACCAAAUGGAGAAACAGAGAAUGACGAACGAGCCAGAAAAAUCCCGAGAAGGACCUCGGGCCUGAAAGAACCUGCCCCCUUUGCUGAUCAGUUAGAGGUUGUGACCACUCAAUACACUCGUGUGAGCUUAGACGAAGCGCGCCUUGGCACACCAGAGAAUCGUCCAGUGCGUGUAUAUGCUGAUGGGAUUUUUGACAUGUUCCACUCUGGACACGCCCGGGCCCUGAUGCAAGCCAAAUGUCUUUUCCCCAACACUCAUCUCAUUGUAGGCGUGUGCAGUGAUGACCUGACGCACAAGCUCAAGGGUUUCACCGUUAUGAAUGAGGACGAGCGCUAUGAUGCCGUGAGUCACUGUCGCUAUGUGGAUGAGGUGGUGAGGAAUGCGCCGUGGACGCUGACGCCAGAGUUCUUGGCCAAACAUAGAAUUGACUUUGUUGCCCAUGAUGACAUCCCAUAUGUUUCAGCGGAGAGUGAUGAUGUUUACAAGCACAUAAAGGAAGCAGGCAUGUUUGCACCCACGCAGAGGACAGAGGGCAUCUCAACGUCUGACAUAAUCACGCGCAUCGUCCGUGACUACGAUGUCUAUGUGCGACGCAACUUGCAGAGGGGCUACACUGCCAAAGAGCUUAAUGUUAGCUUCAUUAAUGAGAAGAAGUACCACCUGCAGGAGCGUGUGGAUAAGGUUAAGCAGAAGGUGCGCGAUGUGGAGGAGAAGAGCAAAGAGUUCGUGCAAAAGGUCGAGGAAAAGAGCAUCGACCUCAUCCAGAAGUGGGAGGAGAAGUCCCGCGAAUUCAUCGGCAACUUUCUUCAGAUGUUUGGGCCAGACGGGGCGCUGAAACACAUGCUGAAGGAGGGCAAAGGGCGGAUGCUGCAGGCAAUCAGCCCCAGGCACAGCCCGAGCAGCAGCCCCACGCGAGAGGAGCGCUCACCCUCGCCCGUCUUCCGCCUCCCCUUCUUCACCAAGACGUCUCCUCCCAGCUCGCCUCCACACUACAGCGACGCACACAGCAUCAGCGAGGAUGAGGACGAGUAGACGGCUCCGCUCUUUCCUUCUGUUUCUUCUUCUCAUGCGAUCGCGUUAAGCCGUUCGCUAGGAAUCGGGUGCCUGCACGCAGCUGUUGUCAAAUCAGUCUGGGUUUUGGGGUUGGUGGGGGUUUUUUCCGUUUAACCUCUAUCUGACAUUAUCCCACUUUAAAACUAUGAGGAAAUGGUGAGUCAGAGUGCUCAUCUGUGACACACCAUUGUGAGUAAAUUGAUCUAGUGUUGGAGUCUGGUAAGGAGUUCUGGUGUAUCCAAUACCCCUUGUGCUCUCUUUGACCAGAGUCGGCCUUAACGAUUGUGGGGAGAGGCAUAUGAGUGUUUAGGGUUUUUGUUUCUUGAAAAGUAUUUAUCAUUAUGCCUCAUCAGUACCUAAUAAUGUAUUAUGUAAAAGCACAUGUGUAUAAUGUUUAAUCAAUUAGUGCACAGACUUGUAAUACUAAAUCUACUACGGUCAAACUGCUGAAACCAGCACCAGAGCGCUAUGCACACUGUAUCACCUGUCAGGGUUAGGGCUACUCUCAUCACUCAUAGGCUUAUCCCCCCCCUCCCUCUUUGAGUCCUUCUUCGUCCAACAAAUUUCACGAUUGAAUAAGGCACACAAAUGCACACACACACACACACUCACACAUAUACUGUAUACUGUUUAUUUAACAAAGAGGCACUUAUGUAUAUUAGCACCAGGGAACCAAAAAAAAAACCUCAUUUACAUCUAUUGUCUAUCUGUCUGAUUGGAUUUUCUCAAGCCUUAUUUUAGACCGAUUCCAAGCUGGGGUGGGGGGAGUAGGACGGCAUUGGGCUUAGUUAGAACAGCCCCUUCCAGUUUUGACUAAUGGAAUGUAAUUCCUUUCUUACACUGUAAAGCACUGGAACGGCUGCCAUAGUGAAAACUGCAGAUAAUCAUUCCUCUGGGAAAAGGUCACGCUAAUCAUUCCACUGUGAGGGCAAAAGCCAUACUGUCUGUGUCCUUCUCCCUGCACUGUUAAAUACAUGUUUUUAGUACUUUGGACAGGAUCAAAUUGCUUAUUUUUAUGACUUGUUUUAUUAGUCAAACAUGUUCACUUAAUCAUCAGUAUCUAUCGAUCUAUUUUUAUUAUAAUUCUUUUUAAAUUUCCCAUCUGUGGUAAUAAAAGUGAGUUUCACAUUCUUUA